CGUGACAAUGCCCGCUCACCAUCCAGAUGGAGCACGCUCAUCACGCGCGCCUUAAACUAUGUGACGACAUUCUGUCUCUACCGCCGCUGGACGAGGAAGACCCGCUAAGUAAUUCCGCCAGCCUGGACCCUAUCUUUACGCUGCCUUCAGAGUUGCCCGACGUCUCGUUCGAAUCCGCCCCAGAUGCAGUGUAUCCAAGCGGCCCUUCUCACCAGCGCAACCACCAACGACUGUCCGGGGAUGCUGUGAGGACUCUCAAAUCAUGGCUGAAGAGCCACCCCGACAAUCCCUAUCCCACUGCCCAGGAGAAGGAUGACCUGGAGCAACGGACCGGUUUAAGCCGUACUCAAAUCUCCAACUGGUUCAUUAAUGCUCGUCGCCGGAAGCGCUCCAGCCGGUAUAUGACUGUCCCUCAGGGCCAGUCCCUCCUCUCACCAAUGGAACGCUGGAGACACUCGCCCCCAGAAAGCGAGGCCGCGGCAACCGACGACAUUCUGCGCGCUCUGGCCGACCCCGACAUGCCCGCUUUCCCGGGCAGUUCACCAUACGGAGUGCCGCAAUACGCCUGGUCCAGCAAUGACUCCAGCGGCUCGUUUAUCCUAGGAGAACCCUCCAGCAGCUGCGGCCAUAGCCAGUCAUCCUCGGAAAUCUCAGUCGCCCUAUCGCACGGGCCUCCACAACGCCCACCAACCCCCAUGCACCGUCCCCAGCCUCGUCGCCGUCGACGGAAACACAUCCGCCACGCCAACCGCCUCCAGGAAGCCCGUCGACCCUACCAAUGCACCUUUUGCGCAGACACCUUCGCAACCAAAUACGACUGGCAGCGACACGAAAAGGCCCUUCAUCUGCCCGUGGACCAGUGGCGAUGCGCCCCAGAAGGCGCUCUCGUCGACAACAACGGCACCCCCAUGUGCAUCUUCUGCCAGCAACUCAACGCCGACGAAGACCACCUCGAAAAGGCCCACAACUAUAGCAUCUGCUGCGAGAAACCCUCCGAGCAGCGCACCUUCACACGCAAAGACCACCUCCGCCAGCACCUGAAACUCACCCACCACGUAGACGGUCUCCAUUCCGGUAUGAACUCCUGGCGAGAGACCCGAAACGAACUUAUCUCUCGAUGCGGAUUUUGCAAUGCCACGUUCCAGACCUGGCCGGAGAGAGUCGACCAUGUCGCUGAGCACUUCAAACAAGGCUCCGAUAUGAAGCAGUGGACCGGCGACUGGGGGUUUGAGCCAGACGUGCAGCGACUUGUUGAGAACGCCAUCCCCCCGUAUCUGGUGGGCACGGAGUGGCAUACCCCUGAUCCGUGGAAGACGUCGGAUGUGCUAGGGAUGCCAGGUGAUGAGGAUGAUGAGAUCCCGUUUCAGUGGGAUGUGCCGAAUGCGCUGAGUCGGUAUUUCAAUGUGCAUAGUGACCUUUUGGCGUAUAUUCGGGAUCAGAUGGCUGCGGGGUUGCGUCCGUCGGAUCAGAUGAUUCAGGAUCGCGCGAGGGUGUUUGCUUAUGAGAGUGAUGAUCCGUGGAAUCAGACCUAUGCGGAUGAUCCGUUUUGGUUGGAAGCCGUUAAGCAGGAGGCUGGGAUGGUUUAGUGAGGUUGCUGUGGAAUGUGAUGAAUAAGAAGAUUUUGAGGCAGUAGGCUGGG